UUCUGUAGCAACUCUUUCCAAGUUCUAACUGAGAGAGUUUGGGAUUUGCUUUCCCCCACGAAAAUUAAUAACCGAUAGAUCAAUGUUGUAUUUGAAGAGAAACCCUAAUUCCACACCUGAUCUUCACUUUUCAUGGCGAUUUCUGCUCAUUACUUUGUUCCUAAUCCUAUUUGCGUCUCCCGGAUACGGUCUUUUAGAAGAUUCUGGACGAAAUCAAAGUCUCCAAUGGCAAGUACUCACCAAGAUGAAUUUCUCAUCUCAAAUACGACUUCAUCCUCAUAUUCUGCUCCUAAUAACAGUUCCCUGUCUGGUGAGUCUCGAGCCCUAAUGAAGGAAGUAGCUCAUUUGGUGGCUAGUAAGCCAAUGAAUUUUGGUUCACUAGAGCUAAUGGUUAUGUAUAGAAAUACUGAGAAAGUGCUUGCAGAUGCCCUUGGUGCUACUGAGAGGACAUCCAUAAUCGUUUAUCAACAUUCAGUAUCAUAUAAAUAUCAGGGAAGACUUCGUGCUCAGAGUAUACUACAUUCUGUUUCCCAUCUUAUGUCACUGCAGCAAGAAGAUAUACCCCUGGAAUUGCUUAGUACUCCCGAGGAUCUAACGUCAUUUUCCGAGUCUACUGAUAAGGCCGUGUUUCUCUUUGAAUUUUGUGGAUGGACGCUCAUGUUGUUAAACAAAGGAAAACAUAACCGAAGUGGAAAUGCUUUUGGGCAGGAUAUUUCAGACAAUGAUAUCUUUUUUGGAGAAAAUGUUGAUGGAAAAACGAAUCGAACACUUUCGUCAAGCUGGAAGAAAAGUGAGAAGUUUGAUGGAAUGGGAAAUGAAAAGCUAACUUGUGGGAUGGAAAGUGGGCUUAGUGGAACUCCUUGGUUGGGGGAUCUGUCAUUUACAAACAAAACUGCACCAUCAGAGGCUGUGAAUACACGACUGGAUCUGGGGGUAUCCUGUACACUUGAAGAGUUUCAGCGGUAUGGGUUGUUCUUCUCACAGUUGAAAACAGCUGCUAGGGAGUUUUUUCUGCCUCCCGAGAAGCAAAGGUUUGCUCUAAUUUCAGAAAGAUCUUUACUAUCAUCACUGGGUGUUGAAGAUCCUCGCUCAUGGCUCGUAAUGCUCAACUAUGCUGGAUGUCCAAAUUGUUCAAAGAUACUUAAGGAUGAAGAUGACGUAAAAAAUGAGCUGCAAAUGCAUCAAUCAUUCGUAACUGAGCUGGAAGGUGAGGGGCACGAUACUGAUCCUGGUUUACCUGCCAACAAACCAUCAAUUAUUCUUUCCAUAGAUAGAUCGUCUGAAUCGCCAGAGACUAGACGAAAGAGCAAAGAAGCUCUUGAUGUGUUUAGAAAGUUAGCAGUAAACAACAGUGCUACUCAUAAAUUCUCAGCCCUAGCUUCUCAAGGGAAGAAGGGUAUGGGUACUUCAAACCCGUCUGACCAUUCAGCAACGAUAUCAUCACUAGUAACUCAAGUCGACAAUCUGAAGAAGAAAGUUUCUGUUAUGAUUAUAAAUGAGGGAGGAACUGCUACGCUAGAUGAUAUCUCUGUAGGUGAGCAAAGCAAGUCUAUCCAGAAAAUUUUGAAGUACCUGCUUCAGCAAGAGAAGGAAGCAAACUUAAGCUUGCUUGCAGAAAAAGUAGGUUUUCAGCUUCUAUCUGAGGAUUUGAAUGUUGAUGUAGCAAAUAUGUUGCCAUCCCAGAUAGAGAAUAAUCAGUCAGAGGAGUCCCACGAACCUCCUACUGAAGCUAUUUCUGAAAUUAGUCUUAACCUGGAUGAUGGUAGCUCAGUAACUGAUGCAAUUAGAUCCGCAGAGGAUCUUAAAAACAAGCCCGGAGUUACUGAAAGUGAAGUUAGUACUCAUACCUAUGAAAAAAAAAUCAUUCUGAAGAAUACGGAUUUAAGUCCUCUUUUACCAAAGCAGGGGGUUGUCUCUGACACUCCUGGUGUCACAGAGGAUAUGAUAGAGGAGGGACAAAGUUCAUCACAGGUAGAUGAUAUGAAAAAACAUCAAAUCAUCCCCUUUACAGGCUUGUUUUACUUUUCUGAUGGUGAUUGCCAGUUACCUAGAUCCCUUACUGGUGAAACAAAAGUUCCGUCAUUGGUUAUACUUGAUCCCGUUUCUCAGCAACAUUAUGUAUACCCUGAAGAAGCCAGUUUCAGCUAUUCUUCUUUAGUUUAUUUUCUUGAUGGGUUUCUUAACAGAACUCUUCCUCCGUAUCAACGUUCAGAAUCUGUUCUUAAAGCUUCGAGGGAAGCCGCCCGACCUCCAUUCAUAAAUCUGGAUUUCCACGAAGCAGAUUCAAUACCCCGAGUCACGGCAAAUAAGUUCUUUGAGAUGGUUUUAGGUUUUAAUCACACUGACACCGACAAUGUUAGCCUUGCUUGGAAGAAGGAUGUGUUGGUGUUGUUUAGCAACAGUUGGUGUGCAUUUUGCCAAAGAAUGGAACUUGUGGUUCGUGAGGUAUCCCGUGCCUUCGAAAACUAUAUGAAGAUGUUGAAGAGUGAGACUAGUAACCAUGGGUCUAUUAUCGAUGAAAACAGGGAAGAGGUUGCAACAUAUGAGCUUCCAUUGGUUUACUUGAUGGAUUGCACAUUGAAUGACUGUAGCUCGCUCUUAAAACCGAUGGGUCAGAGGGAGCUCUAUCCAGCCCUGAUACUAUUCCCAGCUCUGAGAAAGACCGCUGUUUCUUAUCAAGGAGAUGCUUCAGUAGCUGAUAUAAUACAGUUUGUAGCUGAUCAUGGAAGCAAUUCUCAUCAUCUCAGCAGAGACAAAGGUUUUAUAUGGACACAAGGUCAGGAACUAGGCACGAAUCAGGUUCCAUCGUUAGACUUAUCCUCGAUUCACAACAUAGGCCUGAUGGAAAACAGUGAAUCCCAUGAAGUCUUGCUGAAUAACAGGAUACCAGCGAGAAAUAUUGAACUCAGCCAAUCUGUGGGAUCUCAUCCAUCUGUUGAACUACACAGUGGCACUAUCCUUAUUUCCACCGACAAACUUCUGAAUGCAUCCCCAUUUGAGCAAUCCAAGAUUCUCAUCGUUCAGGCAGAUCAACUGACAGGAUUUCUUGGUCUGAUCAUCAACAAGCACAUCAACUGGGAUUCUUUGCAAGGGUUAGAAACAGGAUUUGAUCUAGUAAAACAGGCCCAAUUAUCAUUUGGUGGUCCACUAGUGGCACCUGAAAUGCCUCUGGUCAGCUUGUCGCGAAAGUCAGCUCCCCCCAACGAAGUUGGAUACAAGGAGAUAUUCCCAAGUGUGUACUUUCUCAAUCAUUUGGCGACUCUUAGAGAAAUCGAAGGCCUGAAGGUUGGGAAUUUGUCAACUAGUGAUUGUUGGUUUUUCUUAGGUUAUUCAAGUUGGGGCUGGGACCAACUUUUUAAUGAAAUUGCUGAAGGAGCUUGGUAUACAAGUGAUGAUCCAGUGGGUGAGUUCAAAUGGCCUGACAGUUUACCUACGUUAAAUGUUGAAGUAGACACCCAAGUUUGAUGAGUUGGCUUCAGCAAAAGAAACAUUUUGUAGAUUUUAAAAUCUUAAAAAUGUGUACAAUAUUAGUUGUUGGUGACAAAGCAGAAGGGAAUGAUUACCAGAUUUUUGGUCAAA